GAGUAAACAUUUUUGAUUAAUUAAUAUACUUAUAAAAAAUAGUUUAAAUGUAUUAAAUUAACAUUCAAAACGUAAAUAUAAAGAAAAAUUGUGUAGGUAUCUACUAUACCUAUAUUAGACUCUAUGAGCAAUAAAAAUACAUACGUAGCUAUUUGUUAUCCCUGUAUAGAAUUUAUAAAAAAUUAAUAAAAAAGUCAUGAAAAUUCUAUCUUUAAUUAUUUUAAUACUUAUUUAAUUUUUUGUCAGUAAACUAUGUAUAUUGCUGUACAAUAAAUAUUUGGGUAGCAUAAUAGUACCUAUUACAAUAUGAUUAUAUAUAUAUUUAUUCAUUAAGUACUUACAAGGGUAGAGUUACGUUGUUCUUAAUAUUAAAAUAUAUAUUGUGAUGUAUUUUCACAAAUCCCUUCUCUGUAUCAUCCCUUAAACCCCCCACCAUCCCCACCACACACACACUCGUUAUUAAUUUGAUUUACAAUUAUUAUAAUUUGAAUUUUUUUUUCUGUUUUCGUUUUGAUGUACAAUUUUAUUUGAUGCGGACAUACGGACUUGUUUGACGGCGCACCAAAAAUAUUAUUAUGACGACAUUGCGUAUGUUUCACUUGUUUUCUGUUUUUCAUCACGUCUUUACAUUUGUUAAUGCAGCAAAAACUGCAUUUCAGUCAGAUUCUGAGUGGCGUAAAAUGGAUGCAUCUGCUCGAGGCCAACUGAUGUAUAAAUUAUCAGAAUUGAUCGAUAAACAUAAAAUUCAUUUGGCAAAUUUAGAGUCUUUGGACAAUGGUAAACCAUUUAGCGAUUCAUUGUUGGACAUACAAAUGGCUGUUUCAACUCUUCAAUAUUAUGCUGGAUUCGCUGAUAAGAUUCAUGGAAAAACUAUUCCAGCAGAUGGGCCAUAUUUUUCAUUCACUAAAAGUCAACCUGUUGGAGUUGUUGGACAAAUUAUACCUUGGAAUUAUCCAAUUUUAAUGCUGGCAUGGAAAUGGGGACCAGCUCUUGCUACUGGGUGUACAAUUGUAUUGAAACCAGCAGAACAAACUCCUCUCACUGCCUUGCAUGUAGCUGCACUAUCAAAAGAGGCAGGAUUUCCUGAUGGAGUCAUCAAUGUUGUGCCUGGAUAUGGUCCAACUGCGGGUAAAGCUAUAGCUUGCCAUCAAGACAUAAAUAAAGUGGCAUUUACUGGAUCAACAGAAGUUGGAAAAUUAAUCAUGGAAGAAGCUGCCAAGUCUAAUUUAAAACGAGUAUCUUUAGAAUUAGGUGGUAAAAGUCCUUUAGUAAUUUUCGAUGAUUUUAAUGUUGAUGAAGCUGCUAAGAUUGCUCAUGAUGCUAUAUUUGCCAACAUGGGUCAGAAUUGCUGUGCUGGUUCUAGAACAUUUGUUCAAGAAGGUAUUUAUGAAAAUUUUGUUGAAAAAGCUGCCAUUUUGGCAUCUCAAAAAAAAGUUGGAGACCAAUUUGAUGUUGAUACACAAGUCGGACCUCUGGUGAAUGAAGAGCAAUACAACAAAGUUUUGAGUAUGAUUGAAUCUGGUAAAGCAGAAGGAGCCAAAGUAGAAGCUGGUGGGUCAAAAGUAGGUGAUACAGGAUAUUUUGUGUAUCCCACUGUAUUCUCAAAUGUGACUGAUAACAUGAAAAUUGCUAGAGAAGAAAUUUUCGGGCCAGUUCAGCAGAUUAUUAAAUUUAAAACUUUGGACGAAGUGAUAAAACGUGCAAACGACACUAAAUAUGGAUUAGCUGCUGGAGUAUUAACUAACAAUUUGGAUAUUGCAAUGCAGUUUAUGGACAAUAUUAAUGCUGGUUCAGUUUGGAUUAAUUGUUAUGAUGCUGUUAAUGUUCAAUGUCCAUUUGGAGGGUUUAAACAGUCCGGACAAGGAAGAGAAUUAGGAGAAGAAGGUCUGAAGGAAUACUUGGAAAUAAAAACCGUCUCAAUCAGAAAAAAUAAUUUUUAAUACCGUUAAAGAGUAAUAUUAAAAUGUUGAAAUCAGAAAUAUUACUAUUAUGCAUUAUUGAUUUAAAUAUAUUUAAAAUAAUAUUAUA